GAUACCAGAACACAUUAAUUGUAACUCCAAUUUUAUCCAUACCUUCACAUGCAUAUAAAUAGUGUGUAGAGUUCCCAAUCUUCUUGCAUCACUCUUAGUUUCCACAUAUAUAAGAGCAAAUAGAGUUGUACGUACAUAGCAAUGGCGUCCAGAAGUGGAUUGGUUGUGUUCGAGGAUUCGUUUCCGACGAUGUUGGAGAGGUUAGGCGAGGAAGGGUUUAUGAGGGAGUUGUGCAACGGGUUCCGUCUGCUGAGGGACGAGAAGAGAGAGGUGAUCACAUUCGAGAGCUUGAAGAAGAACUCGGCGCUGUUGGGGUUGCAGGGAAUGAGUGAUGAAGAGUUGAGGUGCAUGGUGAGAGAAGGUGACUUAGAUGGAGAUGGGUGUCUGAGUGAGAUGGAGUUUUGUACUCUCAUGUUUAGGUUAAGUCCUGCUUUGAUGCAGACUUCUAAGGAAUUGUUGGAGGAGGCUAUAGUAAGCAGUAGGUGCUGAAAUGUAACCAUGCAAGCUUAAGAAAAUUAGUCAGCAGUGGAUUUAUCCAAGAAGAAAGAGAGUGCUCCACUGUGAGUUAUUAUGGAAUUAAGUACUGUCGUUUCUCUUUUUUUACUCCAAGUGGAUCGAAAAGAGAGUGCUAUUUCCUUUUUCUUUAUUUAUGUAACUCCUACCUCGUUUUUAUUUGAUUCGACCUCAAGAAAAUAAAGUAUAUUGUUGUUCUUCA